AUCAAUCAAUCACCAGAGCCGAAGUGUUUGCUAGUUGCUCGCCUCGUUCUUUCACGAUUGAUCCAUAUUUUUACGUCUGAAAUAUUCUCUGAUUGUUCUAAACGAGCAUCAUGGCAUCGACAACGCUGCUCAACUUCAGCGUGACUCCACAAGUGUUUUUGAAUCCAGUGAACUGGAAAACAACAGAGCAAGGACUGAACAAUAUAUUCUGUGGAGCAGGUUUUGACAACUCACCGAAUCCCGUUGACUUUGGUGCAAGUGCUGGGUGUCUCAUACUGUACUCAGGUCAUGAUGGAAGGUCGGCAGUUGUGCAGUGUUACCCUAAGGGUCUUAUUACAGUGAACUUACAAGAAAAUAAAGAAUCAGAAUUCCUCACCGAUGAGGUCACUGCUGACAUUCGACAGAAAAUUGAGGCGCUCUUAGACUGCAAGAAAUCAAAAAAAUUUCCCAAAAUCAGUCGUGGUGGCCCUUAUGAUGUUUACGUGCCGACUGUGGAUGGACGUUUGAUCGAGUACGACUUUGAUAAGUUGGUGUUUGAGGAAGAUUCAAAGUACCAGAAUGUGAAGAUACUCCACUCAAAGAACUUUGGCAAUGUCCUCAUACUGGACGAUGAUCCCAAUUUAGCGGAGAGUGAUAUAGCCUACACUGAGGCCAUCACAGGGAAUCAGCGGCAAGAUUACAAGGGAAAAGACGUUCUGGUACUAGGGGCAGGAGAUGGAGGUAUUCUUCACUACCUCCGUCAGCAAGAUGCAGGAAUGAUUACUAUGGUGGAAAUUGACCAGGUGGUGAUUGAUGCUGCAAUUAAACAUCUCAGAGGAAUCUGUUUUGAUUCGAUGGACCAGUUGGAAGGAGCAAAUUACAAAGUUCUUGUUGAAGACUGUGUUCCAAUUCUCAAAAAGUAUGUCCAAGAAGGCAAACAGUUUGAUUAUGUCAUCAAUGACCUCACAGCAGUUCCCAUAACAACAGAGCCUCAAGGGGACCAAUGGGACUUCUUACGUCUUAUUCUUGAUCUGUCCAUGAAGGUUCUUCGACCGUCAGGCCGGUAUUUCACUCAGGGAAAUGGAGCCAACAUGACAAAGGCUUUGGCAAUGUAUGAACAACAGCUGGGUAAACUGAGCUGCAAGGUGGAGUUUAGUAAAGAAACAAUCUGCGUGCCGUCCUACCUGGAAAUGUGGGUAUUCUACGAGGUUUGGAAGACGGAGACAUGAACAAAAUGGUGAUUGGUUUAAAACUAUGCAGUUGAUAACAUCAGGUUGGAUACUAAUUAUUUUUUUAAUUGGGUAAAAAAGGAGCUUUUUAACACUGGGGUCGGUGGGUAAUUAUUAAACUAGGUUAAAGACACUGGUCACUAUUUGUAAUUGUCAAAGACCAGUCUUCUCACUUGGUGAAUCUCAAC